AUCGAAAUCUAAUCUAUGUCGGCAAACGUGCCAGGCCUGUCCAGGUGGUCUAUGCUAAACUGCCAUAAUGGGAUUGGAGCGAAUGGUACUGGCCUUGGUGAGAUCUAUUAGUCGACCUAAUCACAACGUCCACAUAUAGCUAUGUCGACAUGAAACCGGCAGGAAGCUCUACGAUCCAACCAUCUUCUUUUCGUCUGAUGUCAAAUGUCACCUAGUCUGGGCGCUUACGGAGAGAAGUCGUUCAACGAGGCAGACGCUCCCGGCCUCACAAGAAAGGGUCGUGUAGACGGUAGAGCAUACCCCUUCUCCUGGAUAGACCGCAGGUGACAUUUUCGCGCUCCCAAUUGUUGCUCAACAUCAGCGACUCCGACCUAUUUUCCUCCGACUAAAGCUGUUAUUCUGGCGCUGUGUGGAAAGAAUGAUUUGGCGUGGCGCCCUUGGGUGUCGCAGCUUGAUCCUCUGAGCGUUUAUCAUCGUUUGUUGACGCGUUGUCCUCCGAUCCAAAACCCCAGGGGCGGAAGCAAACCAUCCUGAGUGAUCAUUCUAAGCGCCCAAGAACAUGGACUAUGGCAAGGCCUUGCUUACCUCGCGGCGCGGUCGACGAGCACGUCGAUCUACUGGACUUGAAAUAUUCAGUUCCGUGGAACUUCUCAAUUGGUGACUUCACAAGCCAUUUUGAUUUGAAUCGGGGAAUCCCAGCGCGCCCAGCAUGCAUACAGGCGCUUACCAUCCCUGUCUCGACUUAUCCCAUCUCUAACGUUAACCUACCAAGUUUUCACACUCUUUCGACUCUUAUCACGGCACGGUCCUCAGAUAUAUUACAACAGAUCUGUCUCAUCGUGACCAUGUCUCUUCUAACAAGUGUUGACAUCUACUUUCUCAGUAAGCUUCAAUCUUAUAAAUUGAGCUCAUAUCAAUCACCCGGAAAACAAUUCGAGGAAUGGCACCGCGACUCUACAUCAUUGUCUACAAAGGCGAUCCCGUUGAUCUGCAAAAGACAAGACAUACCGCUCUUUUCAUUAGCGAGGACAACCAGGAAACUGGUGAUCUACUCCAUCUGGCCGGCGCUGCAGGCCUCUCUACGUUUGAACGAAGACAGCAUGAAAAUCCAACACAGAGCAGAACAUUCCUUAAAAAAAUCCCUGUCGGACCAAUCACCAACAGCCCAACCAAACAACAGUUGAUCACCAGAAUCACUGCCACUCCUAUCAACAAUAGCACGCAUUCUUGGAAUUGCCAAACCUGGGUUGGGGAUGCUCUUGAAAGAAUAGUUGGGGGACUCUGGAUCAGUAGUCAAACUAAGUCCAAUGCGAUUGGCUCGAUGGCUGAGGUUAUCGUCGAAGCAGAAGACGAGGAGGAGUAAAGGCAUCUUUAUACUUUUGGUCAAUCAUGUUACCUACGACAGAAGGUCUUCUGCCGAGUUAAGUGAUGUUAUUGUGUUGUAUCGCCGUCCUUCGAAUUGUCAAUACAGAGCUCGCCUCCAGCAUUUCUCAUUUCAAUAGCUAGUGCCGCGUCAAAUGGCCUAGAAAGUGGUCUGUCAUAAGCUCAGCAGGAUAUCGUGUAUCGAAUAUCGCAUCGGCAUAGUCACGGUAGUCAGCGUACAAAGCUCUGAAAAAUUGAACAAAUUCCCAGUAUUCCGGAUACCAGCCUGCGUACUCCCAGUCAAUUAUGCCAACAAUUCGG